GGCUCCCCUUUUUGUGUGCGCCCUGGCGCCCGGCGGCGGGAUGGAGGAGCUGAGCAGCGUCGGGGAGCAGGUCUUCGCCGCCGAGUGCAUCCUCAGCAAAAGGCUCCGCAAGGGCAAGCUGGAGUACCUGGUCAAGUGGCGAGGAUGGUCCUCCAAACACAACAGCUGGGAGCCUGAAGAAAAUAUUCUGGAUCCCAGACUGCUCCUCGCCUUCCAGAAGAAGGAGCACGAGAAGGAGGCGCAGAGCCGUAAGAGGGGUAAGCGACCCCGGGGAAGACCGAGGAAGCACGUGGUGCUGGCAGGCUGCGGCCGGCGUUCCAACAUCAAGGAGCCGGAAGAAUCCAAAUCCAAAUCCAGUAGCUCCUCAUCGUCCUCCACGUCCUCCUCUUCCUCCUCCUCCGACGAAGAGGAUGACAGCGACUUAGAGGCCAAGAGGAGCCCCCGGGGCCGGGAGACCCACCCGGUGCCCCAGAAGAAGGCCCAGAUCCUGGUGGCCAAGCCAGAGUCGAAGGACGCCUUGCGUCAGAAGCGGGGUCGGAAGCCCCUGCCCCCGGAGCAGAAGGUGGCCCGGAGGCCCGUGAGCCUGGCGAAAGUCCUGAAAAGCGGGCGCAAAGAGCUGGGGGCUGGGGGAAAGGUGGCAGGCAAGCUCCCGCCCCCUCUCACCACCCCCGCCGUGGCCGGGCUGGUGGCCCUCAAGGCCCACACCAAGGAGGGCCCUGGUGGGCCCGGCGGCACCACCACGGAAAAUCUGGCCAGCCUGAUGAAGGGGGUGGCCGGGAGCCCCAACCGGGGGGGCAUCAGCUGGCAGAGCUCCAUCGUGCACUACAUGAACCGCAUGUCUCAGAGCCAGAUGGAGGCGGCCAGCAGGCUGGCCCUUAAGGCCCAGGCUGCGGCGAGCAAGGGGCUCGAUCUGAAAGCCAGAGGCCAGAGGGGCGAGCCGAGCCCGGGGGGUGCCAAGCCUGCCAGGGGGCCCGCUGGCGGGAGCGGAGCAGCAGGCCUGUCCAACGGGGGCAAGAUCCCGCCCGGCUCCCCCGGCCCCCAGCCCCCAGCUUCCAACCAGGAGCUGAACCUGCAGGCCUUGAACUUGCAGAGCGUCAAGAACGGACCGGGGGGCGGCGGAGACCUCCCCCGGGCGGCCGGCGGCCGGGCGGCCAACACCACCGGCCUCUCGGCCGGCAAGGGCGGGACCACGGCGGCCGGGGCGCCCCCAGACACUGGCAAGGGCGAGAAGCCGCGGGGCACGGGUCCCGCCCCGCCCGGGGGCAAGAGGGACGAGGGUGCCGAAGGCCGGAAGCCGGCGGCCCCAUCGGAGCCGAGCACUGGCUCGGAGAGCAGCGCCUCAGACUCGGAUCGGGACUCCGCCUCCUUCCCUGGCCCCGGCCCCGGCCCGAACCUGUCCGUCUCUGUCCAGACCAGCCAGGACUGGAAGCCUCCCCGCAGCCUGAUCGAGCACGUCUUCGUCACGGACGUGACCGCCAACCUCAUCACCGUCACCGUCAAGGAAUCGCCUACCAGCGUCGGCUUCUUUAACCUGAGACAUUGCUGAAGGCGGGGCGGGGGGCUCCGCCGCCCCUUCCCACCCCCGGCCGCCCCUUCCCCUUUCGUCUUCUAGUCUCUCGUCCAAGCGCCCUGCUGGAGAAAGGGUAAGACUGGGCACGGGCGGAUUUGACCUCAGCACCCUGUCUUCUGCCUCCUGCCCAGCUGGCUGAGAAACUCUUGUUCAAACACUGCGGGGACCACAAGAUACUUAAAGAUGACAACAUGAUCUGUCCCCCCGGGGGACCUCCAAGCCUCAAACUCUUUGGCCGUCCCCACGACGGACCCAUACGAUGGUGCUGCCGGUCUCUGACCCCGCUGCCGAGGUUUCUGGGAAGGCGGGAUGGGGAAAACCUACCCAAGGGUCAGGCCACUCAGAGAUAACCCUUACGUUGCUUUGCGAUGGUUCUGUUUCCGGGAGAGUUUUUCAAACGCUUCUCGUCCUCAGCAGCUGCUGAAGCCACAGAGGGAGGGUCCGGGACGUGUUUGCCCCCCACCCCGAGGUUGGGGACUGUGGCCCGGGAAUGUCAAAGUGCCAUCUUGGGACCAUCUCUCUGCCAUCCUUCCUCCUGGCCCCAAGCACUACCCACACCGGAGACCAAACAGGCAGGGCCGAGAGGAGCCAGUGGGAGCUCCCCGGCAGCCUCAGAGAAGGCUCCGCCACCUCAUAUACUCUCCAAGGUCCCUCAUACUCUCCCAGGUGCUUAGUACAGUGAUCUGUUCACAGGAGGCGUUCAGUUCAUACUAUUGAGCGGUUGCCCGGUCAGGAACUAGCUCCUUUCCUCCUGUUGGCUCCUGUGUCAAUUGGGAGAGUUAGGGGGGCUUCACAGCUGUGGCCUUUUCCUCCCAAAAAACCUUCCUGACAAGGGGCAGAGGGAUUCUACGAAUCGGCCCCUGGGCCCGCCCCGUUCUCUGGGCCCUACGUCGGAUGGUCCCUGAGAACCGGCCCCCUUCUCUUAGCCACCCGGAGGAGAUGGGUCCAAGUGUUUCCUGGAAGUGGGUGUUUGGGUGAUGACACCACAACUCCCAGCUGUUGUGCAGAUGUUAGCCGGGGCACAGACCCAUGCCGUCCUCCACGCUUACUGUGAGGCGGCCAGGGGCAUUAAUACACUAGUCGGGGGGCAGGGGGGAUCUCCCACCUUGAUAGAGGUUAAAGGAGGAUCUUUUGGGGUGCCCAAUUCACUCAUUCAAUCAUAUGCCCCUGCUUCCAGCACGGAUUCCUUACCUGUACCUUCCGGGGCUGGGAUUUGUUUCCUGAAGGAGGAGAGGAAAGUAUGAGGUAUGUGUUAGCUGACAAGAUUAGGAGAAGGUUCUUCUCACUCCCCUCUCUGCCUUCCUAAUUCUCCUUUCCAGCCAGGUGGUCCCUUGGGCUGCCACUAGUUUCCCCCCCUACCCCAUCCCCAGCCCCUCUAAAAAUUUCCCAGCUCAGAGAGAGAAGGAGGAGCCAUACUACGGUGGGGUAGGGUCUUCCCAGCUCGGCACCGCAGGGGCUCAGGAUGCCAAAAAAGGGUUUCCAACGAGUCACUUUGCUCCCGUCCAUCCUUCCCCGUCCCCGGUUUUACCAAAAGAAUGAGCUUGUGGCUUCUUCCUCCUGGGGCCCCCAUGCCACAUACCAAAUAAUUUUGGAGGUGGCCUUGUAAUUUCCAAACCAAACCUAACCACGUGCCUUUCGGGAUUGGCGGAAUGAGGGAAGCAGCGUGGCCUAGUGGAAAGAGCAUGGGUCCAGGAGG